AUGUCAGAAAAGAGUAACAUCCAGAGUCUUCCCGUCGAGCUCCUGAGCAAGAUUCUUUCUCAUGUCAGGGAAGAUCGCAAAGAUGGACAAGAAUCCAUCAAACAAAGUCGCCUAGUAUCAAAGCACUUCAACAAUGUCGCCUCACCUUUUCUCAUUUACUCGGUCACUGUAUGCCUCACCUUGGAAUCAUUCAACAGACUGGAAGAGAUCUGCGCCCAUCCCCUUAUCAGCAAGGGCGUGAGACAAGCCACAGUCAUACUUUGCUUUUACGAGCGCGAAUUAGCCAACAACAGGCAGCUGUACAUGAGAGAGUCAAGAUCUAGGCUUUUGCGACACACGGAAACGAUGGAACGUAUGAGGCGAUACAAAGAGAAGUUCCACUGGACACGUGAAUUGCACGAUUGGCUGUCGCACAUGGCCUGGGAGCAGUCUCCCGAGCUCAACCAGAUGGUUGAUGAGGACACCACCCAAGAUCCACCGGCGCAGAUCCAGAAGCUAUUUUUGAGGCUAUACGACAUGUACAAAAAACGAUACGAGGAGCAGGAAAUCCUUCGUCAAAAUAAUCGACACAUCGGCCGCCUGGUCGCUGCUCUAUCUUCAUUGCCCAGCCUCGCAUGCCUAAAUCUCCGAGACUUCAACAGCCAAAGGGGACUUGUAGCUUCCCACAAGCAGCCUGGUGCUGAUCAACUACUGGUUGAAGACUUUCUGGACAUUGGAUACAGCCAAGAUGUUCUGCAACAUUUCGAUCGCGGUGUGCGUGCUUCCCCAUGGUGCGGUUGUUUUGAAACAGAAAACUCAGCAUCACCACCAGUUGAGAUGCUCGGGGAGCUAUGUUCACAACUUGGGAGCCGCGGCGUGGGGCUGAAAGCUCUCACCUUAUUUCUAUAUCCCCCACCAGAUAUGGAUGUCUUAAAGUCGACACCGGAACAACAGGAGAACAUCAAGAAGCUUGUUUCCGAGGUCGAAUAUCUGACAAUAACCCUCGAUUCACCCCCUCGGACCAGGCAGUAUCGUAGGGAAGAAAUGCUUGCGCUGGGUUCCAUCACAAAGCCACUAGCCAGCUCACCAAACCUGGAUUAUCUGGUAGUACAUCUCGAACGCGAUUGUCAUACCUCAGCAGUAUUUUCCAUGGCUGACCUUCUUCCUCCCGACACACCAUGGCCGCGACUGCAGCGUUUGAUGUUUUUAUAUCUCCGGGUCAACCUCAAAGAGUUGAGAUCACUGGUCGGUAGACACGGCAAGACUCUCCUGCGGCUUGAUUGGCAUGGUGUUUACUUUCCUGACUGCAGCCCUUCCGAACUACUGGAGGCGAUGCGCGGGUUUCAAGCCUUGGAAGAAGUUCGUGUGGAUUAUCCGGAUGGGGAUCGGUUUCUCGGAGAUCCAGGGAGUCCGCUUGCUAGAUGGCCCCAAGAUGAAGUCAGGAAGUAUCUUUUGAGAGAAACUGAUGUUUAUCCGCUGGAUUGA